AUGGGGCUGUGCAUGUCGAGCGGCGCGUCGGGCGAGACCACGCGCACGGGGGCGGCGCCCAGCAAGGACACGGCGCUGGUGCUGAUGCCGAGCGGCGAGAUGCGGGAGUACCCGCGCCCGACGACGGCCGCGCGGGUGCUGGAGGACGCCUCCGCCACCGCCGACGGCGACAGCGACUGGUUCCUGUGCGACGCGGACGGGAUGGGGAUCGAGGGCGCGGUGCCCGCGGUGCGGGACGCGGAGGCGCUCCGCGCGGGGCAGAUCUACUUCGUGCUGCCCGCCGCCGCGCGCCGCCGCGGCCUGCGGCGCGAGGAGGUCGCCGCGCUCGCCGUCAGGGCCUCCGCCGCGCUCUCCUCCCGGGCCACCUCGGCCGCAGCGCCCGGCAGGCGGAGGCGCGGCGCCGUCGUCGCGCCCCUCGUCUUCGCGCCGCCGUCGGAAGAGGAUGAGCGGGCCGCGGCGGCAUGCAAGGCGGCUGCAGCGCCACCGGUGCGGCGGCCCGCCGCGCCGCGCGUGCGCUCCGGCAGGCGGCUCGAGCGGUUCGCCUCGGACCUCACCGCGAUCCCCGAGUGCGAGCGAGACGACGAGUGA